AUGGCUCGGCUCGUCGACUCACCCGAGGCUCCACCAUUGAACCGAUGGAGCAAAUGGCACAGGUCUAUCAACAAAAAGCUCGGGAGGCCGGCAACACCAGACGUCGGCACCUUGGCGGAAAUGUUUACCUCACUCCGUGAUGCUGCUACUGCUGCUCUCACUCCGAGCAGCCCACUCGACAGAGUCGUUGUAACAACUCCGCCAAUACCAGGGCUCGCAGACUACGAUCUUAUUGAUGCCCUCGAGUAUGCCAGUCUGCGACCUUGGGUGUGCUCUGACUUCUGCGAAGAACUGCCCUACGCAGAUCCAGGUUUCCCGUUUGGGCCAGGGGUAGGAUACCCUGAAGAGCUGACUGAGGCACAUGCCGUUAUGGCGGCCCAUGGACUUGGAUUAUGUGAGAACUACGAUAACUUGGACCUUUGCUUCGAUGAAGAGCAAUCAAUGCCGCUUGAGAAAGUUAUGGUGGUAGGGCUUACUGAGAUGGACCUCCGGGGCGAGGUGAUAAAGACGCAGGGAUCCUUUCCAAUGUUCCCGGAUGGUGUGGAUCGGUUUGUGGAUCUCACGGUUGGGCUCAACGCCCGUGAUGGGUUUCUAUCAGAGGAGGCAUUCCGGGCCUACAUUGGGGGCAGGUUGAAGAUGCUGGUGAGUCGGUUGCCUGUGAAGCUAACGAGGGUUUGGCUCGUCGGAGAAAACUCGACGCACCCAGCCUUCCUUGGUGCUCUUCGAGAGGCGAUCGAGGGUAGUGGACAUGGCUAUGUCUUCGGUCGGGGCGGAAUUGACGGUGAGGGACUGCUCGAAAAGGGUGGAGCGAUCAGUCCUACGUUUUCCAGCGCCAGGGGUGCAGCGCAGUACGCACGAUGGAGACAGCAGGCCCCGCUUGGAUGUUAUGAGAGCCGUGAGUGCGAGGAUGAGCGAAAGGGAGAUGGUCAUGAUGGCCGGGAGGUGAAAGUCGAGUUGAGGUAG